UUCAUAUAAUUAAAUUUGUGGCAUGCUAGAGAUUUAAUUGAGAAUUAAUCUGAUUUGCAUGCAUAUAAAGCUAAACUGGCCUGAGACUAGACUAGUGUGAAUCAAGUCUCGGUUGUGUAAGAACCAUGAAAAGAGACAUUUGCUCGAUCGCUUUGCUUUGUCUAGCGACGGCAGCGGCUGUUAAUGAUGAACCGCUGAUAGUGGAGCUGCCAAAUGGAAAAAUUCGUGGACGCGAUAACGAAGGGUAUUACAGCUACGAGUCAAUACCCUAUGCGGAGCCACCUAUGGGGGAGCUGCGCUUCGAAGCUCCGCAGCCAUACGAGCGCCAAUGGAAGGAAGUGUUUGACGCUACCACGCCUCCCAAUUUCUGCAUCCAAUUGAAUCAGUUUGUCGAAGGCGCACAGAAGUCCAUCGGCGUUGAGGAUUGUCUUACUGUAAACGUCUAUAAGCCAAAGAACUCGAGUCGUAGCUCGUUUCCGGUUGUUGUCAACAUCCAUGGCGGAGCUUUCAUGUUUGGUGGACCCGUGGACCAUGGCCAAGAGCCGAUUAUGGCCAGUGGAAAUGUGAUUCUCGUGAAGAUUGCCUAUCGAGUAGGUCCGAUAGGUUUUCUCAGCGCAGGCGACGCUACAUUGUCGGGAAACUUUGGACUCAAGGAUCAGCGCUUGGCUCUGCGUUGGAUCAAGCAGAACAUAGCUCGCUUUGGAGGAGAACCAGAGAAUAUAAUGGUGCUUGGUCACUCUGCUGGUGGUGCGUCGGUACAUCUACAGAUGCUGCAGGAGGAGUUCAGCCAGUUGGCAAAGGUGGCUGUGUCAUUCAGUGGAAAUGCCCUCGAUCCUUGGGUCGUACAACAAGGAGCACGUCGACGCGCCUUUGAGGUGGGUCGCAUUGUGGGUUGCGGCUUGCAAAGCGACUCUGUGGAACUCAAAAAGUGCCUGCAGUCAAAGGAUGCCUCAGAAAUAGUUGGAGCUGUGUCGGAGUUCCUGGUCGUUGACUAUGUGCCUUUUGCUCCAUUUUCACCGGUGGUAGAGAGCGAGGAAGUAGCUGAGCCUUUCAUCACUAAGCAUCCAAUCGAUAUCAUCAAGAGCGGAAAGUUCGGUCAAGUACCCUGGCUAACCAGCUAUACUCAGGAGGAUGGUACUUACAACGCUGCUCUUCUGAUGGCCAAACAACUCAAUGGCAAUGAGCUGAUUGAGGAUCUGAACAGUCGCUGGUUUGAAUUGGCGCCCUACUAUCUGUUCUAUCGUGACUCUAAGAAAACAGUUGACGAAAUGGAUGACUACUCUCGUGAUCUUCGACAGCAGUAUCUAGGGGACCGAAACUUUAGUGUGGACAGCUAUUUGGACGUACAGCGCUUAUUCACAGAUGUACUGUUCAGGAAUGAUACCCUCCGAUCUAUAGAUCUGCAUCGCCAACAUAGCAAGAGUCCCGUUUACGGUUAUGUCUACGAUAAUCCGCCAGUUCGGGGAAGUGCACAAAUUUUAGCUCGACGGGAGGACAUUUAUUUUGGCACAGGACAUGGCGAUGAUUAUGUUUUGAUAUUUGACAAGCCAACUAGUCAACCCCGCGAGGACGAGAAGAUAAUCUCUAAGAAUUUUAUACGCUUGCUGGAAGAGUUUGUGCAAAGCGAUAAUGGGUCCCCGAUUUAUGACGCUUGUGUGUUUCCAAAUAAUAUUGGCGAGGAGCAGCUGCAAUUACUUCUAAUUAAGACCAACAGCUGCGAGAUCUUAAAAUUAAAUACAAUUGAAUAGACAAUGUAAAUAGAGUCAUAACCUAGGGCUAGGUGAAUAUAUAUAGCUGUUGUGUCUUUGGAAAUGUAUACAAAAUGGAUAACAAUUCGUUCCACAUUUGAAACUCAAAAUAAAUGAAGUUUUCGUCUAAGCCCUCAA